AGUUACGUGUGGUGUGUGGCUAGGUGGUGUGUGGCGGGCAGGGAAUCGGACGCGUCCCGCAGCGAGUCACUUGACAUCAACAAACUGAAGACAGCUCAGGACUUAUUUCUCAAAAAUGGGGAUAUUUUCUGCCUCCUCGCCCUUCGACCAGUAUAUAGAACGGGCAACAAGUGAGAAGAACACUGGAGAUGACUGGGGACAGAUCAUGGAUAUAUGUGACAAAGUGAAGGAGAGCAACACAGGGCCUAAAGAUUGUCUCAAGUCCUUAGUAAAAAGAUUGAACUCAGAAAACCCGAGGAUUGUCUUGCAGGCUGUAACACUCCUGGAUGCUUGCAUCAACAACUGUGGUCGCAAGUUUCUCCUUGAGGUUGCCAGCAGAGAGUUUGAGCAAGAACUUAGGAAACUCAUCACAAACACACGUGUCCACCACAAAGUCUCUGAGAGACUACGUGAAUGUCUAAAAAAGUGGGCUGAGGUAGAGUUUAAGGGUGACCCCCAGCUAAGCCUCAUUCCAGCCCUAUAUACCAAGCUGAAGCAAGAUGGAUAUGACUUCAAUGUACAGUCUGAUUCACCCAAGAAAACCACAACCAAGUACAGUACAGAUCCAAAUGUGGUGAACAACAAACAAGAGGAAGAUGACAUUGCCCGUGCCAUUCAGCUGUCCUUGCAGGAGUCAGGGGGUAAUGGCUCUUCUACAUCUCAGUCAUCCCGCUCCUCCAAUCUCUACUCCCUAGCCUCAGCUGCCCUCACCAGUGAUAGUGCCACAUUGUCUGCCUCUUCCUCCUCUCCUCCAGCCAAGGAACCACAGAAGGCACGCGCACUUUAUGACUUUGAGGCAGCAGAGGACAAUGAACUCACAUUCAAGGCUGGAGAAAUAGUGGUGGUGCAGGACAGCAGUGACCCCAACUGGUGGAAGGGAACCAACCAUCGAGGUGAAGGACUAUUUCCAGCCAACUUUGUCACCCUGGAUCUCAAUGCAGAGACUGACCAGCCACGAUCUGAAAGUGGGAAGAGGGUUUCCUUCUCUGAGUGUGUAGAAGUGACAGAAGUGGAAGGGGCAGGUGGAGCAGAACAGGUGGAGGUGACAGGGGAGGUUGAUGAAGAGAAGAUAGAUAAUCUGCUUCAUGUCUUGCAUGAAGCUGAUCCAACAGGAGAGAGACCAGAUCCACCACAACUUGCCAUUCUUGAGGAGCAAGUUAAUGCCAUGGCCCCAACAAUUGAUGCUGAAUUGGAGCAGAUUGACCGCAAGCAUGCUCAGCUGGCCCGGAUCAGCACUGAUCUUGUGGAUGCACUUGGUCUUUAUCAUCAGCUGAUGCGUGACAUGCCAUCCACAAUGAGCAGCUACUAUCCCAUCCCCAAGAACCCUGUGGGUGCUCCUGGACAGAUGCCAGCCUAUGGAAUCUCACCAACCCCAGGCAUGCCACCACAUCAGAUGUAUGGUGCUCCUGGACAGUUUCCACCAUACAUGAUCCCUCCACCCCCUGGUGCCCCAGUAGGUCCUGGUCACUUCCCCAAUAUGCCCACCUCCAGCACUGCAGGACCCACAAUGCCACCACCACCUCAGACACACUCCAUGCCUGUGUCCACCCAGCCUAUGCCUGGCCCUCAACCACCAAUCACUCAGCCUGUUGUCUCCCAGGCACCAGAGUUCCAGCCAAUGCCUCCAAACAAUCUUGAUGGUUCUGGGGGCAACAUGAUGCCAGGCUAUGGCCACUUCCCUGCUAACAAUCAGUAUGGUCCACCCCCUGCAACUCAGCCCAGUGGUGCCCCUACUGACCAGUCAAAUGGUCCCCCAAAUUCCUUUCCAGCCUACUCCCAGCCACAAACAGUGCAACAACCUCUUCUAUAAACCAUUUUAGCAAAAUUAGACCAGUUAUAUAUGUGUUAAAAGUCUAAUGGUUUGAUAGUCCUUCAGCUAUAUAAUAUAUGGAUUAUUCUUUUACUCAGUAAUUUUACAGAUUUGUACUGCUUAAUCUAGUGUCUAAUUGCAGGCUUCUUGAUGGUUACUGUAUGUGAACAAUUGUAAAGUGCCCUCGUUCUCUGCUCUUAGGAAAAGGAGGUGAGUGAGGAGGACUGAUAGGAAAUGGUUGGACCUUUGCAGUCUCAAAAUAUGAAAUUUCAGCUACUUGUAAUUUACUAAAGAGUGUCUUUCCCUUACCUUAACCCUAAGUGACCAGUUUAUUAAGAAAGAUGCUUACAAGUCAUAUUUGCUUCACAGUCAGCUCCCACCUGGAAGUUGACAGUGCCAUAACAAAUCUUUUAAAUUUAUGGUGAACAUCAUCAGACUGGCAAGUUUUUUACAUUUACAUAGGCUAAAAGUAAGUAGUUAUGCAUUUCCUUAUGAAUGUUAUAUCCAAAGAAUGUAUGUAGAAUUCAAAUGCGUUUAUGAAAAUAAACUUUAAGACGUUAAGAGCAACUCACAAGUAAACACAUUCCUUUCAGUUUUGUUGCUUGACUCCCAUUGGUUGUGUGAGUAAUGCUUCAUAAAGAAGUAAAUAGAAUAAAGUAGAAAAAAAAAUCCUUAGUAAUACUUUAGCUGCACCAAAAGCUGAUAUUUUUGCAAUGAAACUAUGUUUAGUUAUGGGUAGAAAGGUUGGAAGGUAUAGAGCAUCAAUAGCAAGUGAAAAAAUUACAGUAUACGCUCCUACAAAAGUGCAGGACUCUGGCAAAUUGUUCUCCUGCGCAGUGAUGUUGAUUGCAUUGUUCUGCAUCCUGCUCCAUUGGGGUUCUGGUAUUCAAUGGAGUGACUUUUACAGAGGCUAACUAGGGCUGUGCAUAAACCAUAGGUAUCAUUGGCUUAAAGAUUUUUAAUGUUGAAUUAGCCUCUUGACAUAAAUAAGAGUUAAACUUUCAUAUGUAUGGGCAGCUUUUGGAUAUCAGAGUGAACACAUCCUUUGUCAUGGUCUUUUGAUUGCCUGGCAAGUAGAUUGUACAUACAGAGUUUUAUUUAUUUCACAUGUACAUAAAAGUGUAUAGGAAUAACUGAACAUUUGUAAAUUUCAGAUGAUGUUCUCAAGUAAAAUUCUUCUUUGAUACAUGUUCUCUUUUGUGUAUUGAUGUAUAUGCAGUGUGCUAUCACUUUAGUAAGAAUGCUAAUGAGGGUAAGAUGUAAUUUACACACCUGUUGCCUCCACAAGAGUGCAACUUGUGGUUAUGUGAAUAGUGAAACCACCCUUGUAAUACUGUCCUCCAUUGUUCAAGCUUUGAGAUACUCUGGUGGUGUGUUAAUGUGGAAUUGACCAACAUUAUUUGGUGUGUGUGUGUGUGUGUGUGUGCGUGUGCGCAGAAGAUUUAUUGAAAGCUAUUGGAAGCCAUGCCUUAUAUAUGUGGAUCAUCCAUUUUUAAAAUGUCAGUGUCAUCUGGGAGCCUUAGUUUCCAGUGGAAGGGUUGAAAAAGUUAAUUGAACUUUGACAUUUUUCAUCCAUGAACCACACCACUAGUUAGAUUCAGUGUGGCACCACAUCCUCAUCACCCUACAGUGAUAGUGAUCUAGCUUCCACAUAACUUCACAUCCUUGUAUCCUCAAUUUUUGUAUAUGUACCUCAUAAUCAUUUUCAUCAUAAUGGUCCUUCUCUUGUCUCAUCUCCCAUAUCAGUGACACAGCCUCUGAUCAUUUUUUUUUAAACUCGUUAUAUCUUCCAUUCUUCAUGUUUAUUGAGCAUCAGGAGUUUUUUCAAUAAGAUUAUUCAAUUCAAUUUUGUUAUUUUCCUCUUUCUUCUCUUAAUAGAGAAUUGAUUAUAGAAUGUGACCAAAACCAAUUAGAUUUAGCAUUUCCUAUGCUUUUUGUUCACAAGAAUUAUUUGACGACUGAUUAAGCUUAGCUGCUAAUAGCAUGUUUAUUUUCAGUGAUUGUUUUCAUAUCUGAGUAUAUCACAGUUUACAAUAAUAUGCUGCUCUUGAAUUUCAACCAUCUGUGUUAAUUCUUAAUAAUGUAUUAACUACAUCCAUUUUUCCAGACUAAAUUGUUUCUUCUGUUGCUCCAUCUGUUACAUGCCUGCCAUUCUUAAAUAUUUCCUGUUGGUUGAGUGCUGAGAUACUGCCCUGCAGCUGGUCAUUUCAAAUGGGAGGCAUGUCUGAUAUGUAGUCUCUAAUUGCAAGCACACCUCCUUACAAGUGCUGAUAAUGCAUUGGUUUGUAGCAUACCGCUGCUUUGCUUGAAGCAGUACAACUUAAUGUUUAUACUUAUUAUCCUUUGAAUAUGUCUUGCAGCUGUUGAUAUCACUUACAUUUUAUUCAGCGAUAUGAUGGCAGUAAAAUUGUAUUGUUUGUUAUGGCAACUGUCUCACAGCAUCAGUAUGUCUGGUCACUGGCACACUGAGUGAAGUAAAAAUCUGAGACAAAGAAUAAAUAAAAAUAUGAAAAUGGGAGUAGGCAUCAUUGGAUAUACAAGCUUGUGAAACAGAUAUAUUGCUCCCAAAGAUAACCUACCUUGCUCCCACCUCAAAUUGUCUAAUGUCUCAAAGAGGUGUUGCUGCAUUGCCAGUCUUCCAGGGCACUACAGCCUCAGAACUGGCCUACUGAUGUAACCCUACUGAUUUGGCCAUUACCCAAAAAAAGCUGUUGCACAUCAGAUGAUGAUGAUAAUGGUUAUUAUUAUUAUUAUUAUUAUUGUUAUUAUUAUUAUUAUUAUUAUUAUUAUUAUUAUUAUUAUUAUUAUUAUUAUUAUUAUUAUUAUUAUCUUUUGCUUUUGGUGAGGUAUCUCUUGGUGAUAUCUUGGGUAAUUCUUUAACUGAGGAUUAAAUUUAUUAUUGUUAUGAAAGUAAUGUGUAUUGUGGUAAGCAUAUCAUUGUUGCUGCUAUUAUUAUUAUUAUUAUUAUUAUUAUUAUUAUUAUUAUUAUUAUUAUUAUUAUUAUUAUUAUUAUUACUAUUAUUACUAUUAUUUUUUUAUUAUACUAAUUAUGUUGAUAACCAUAAUUGCAUAUUAUGAUUUCUAUCUUCACUAAAUUACAUAUAUUACAUAUUAUCAUAACAUUGGGUGAUUUCCAAGAAAACUAACAGUUCAUUAUUCUUUAGAUGGGUUAUAUAAUUACCUGUUUAACCUGUAAAUGAAAUAUACAUAUUGUAGAUAUAGCAUUAUUGGUAUGAACUUAGUCAUUCAGUUUGUAACAACUCUAUUGAUAUAAUGGGAAUUGCAAUGAUCUUUAAUUGGAGAUGUUUUUUUGUAAUGGGUGUACAUUAGUGGUAGACAAAAUUCCUAAAGGUAUUUUGGGUCUCACUUGAGGUCACAUGAGAAAUGUAUGGUGUGGGCGAUACUAAUAAUUAAUCCAUGAAAGAAAGAUUGACUUGUGGUAUUGAUAUAUUAUAUUUGCUGAUUUAUAAUCAAUAAAAGUUCAUGUACAUUUUUAGCUUGCUUUUUGAAGUCAUGCUUAGAAUUCAACUUAUUUUGUCAUUUAUUUUUAUUUGCAUGUAAUUCUGUUAGUGUCCUGUAGUUGCUUCUUUUUGUCAUCACAACUAGUCACCUGCAACAAGAGUGGAUUCCAUCUCUGUGCCUUUUGGUUUGAAAAGUUGUGUUAUCAACUUUACUUUGGUUAGCAUGAAUUAUCUUUUCAAGCUUUAUUAGAGAGAGAGAGAGAGAGAGAGUGUGUGUGUGUGUGUGUGGUGCACUAGUUUAUAGCAACAGUUAGUUGUGCAGAGGAAGCAUCUGGGUGUUGUGUGUCAAGUGAGUCACAGCAUCAAAACUGUGUAUUUGUUUGCCAAUGCCACUAACUGUACUUUGUGAAGAUACUUUUGUGUUGAAUGUGUUGUUUCCUCAUAGCAAGCAGGUGGCCUUUGGUUCUGACUGGCCUGCUUUUCUCUUGUUGGACUCACAUAAGUUACCAUUUAUUGCAUCAUUUCAUGUUUGAUUUUAUUCUUCUUAUCCUUUUAUGCUACAGGGAAAGACAAACUAUGUUUUUGUUGAAGCAUUAUAAGAUUUCAUGUGA